AUGGGCAGUAUACCUGCUGUUGUUCUUUCUGAUCACAAAUUAAUCAGGGAGGCUUUUUCGAAGGACUGCUUCUCUGGACGGGCACCGUUAUUUUUGACACAUGGCAUCAUGAAGGGCAACGGUAUCAUUUGUGCUGAAGGAGCGCUGUGGAAAGAUCAACGGAAACUGAUAACGUCUUGGCUCAAAAGUUUCGGUAUGAGUAAACACAGCUUGGCUCGUGAUAAGUUGGAGAAGAGGAUCGCUUCUGGAGCCUACGAGUUACUCAAAAAUGUUAAAGAAAGGGCAGAAGGACCGGUAAGGCUGCCUGAAUUGGUGACAAAUUCAUUUGGUAACGUCAUCAAUGACAUUAUAUUCGGUUACAAAUUUCCACCAAAUGACAAGACUUGGAACUGGUUUAGACAAAUUCAGGAAGAAGGAUGCCAUGAAAUGGGUGUAGCGGGAGCUGUUAACUUUCUACCAUUUCUACGAUUCAUAUUACCGUCAAUUAAAGUAACGAUGGAAGUUCUAACUCGUGGUCAAGCCCAGACCCACAGACUAUACGCAAGCAUUAUCGAAAGGAGACGUAAAAUGAUCGGCAUCGAAAAGCCUGAAAAGGCAAAAUAUGAAGCACACGAAAAUCUCUUCGACGAACACCCUGAAGGACAUAUUAGAUGCAUUACGUACAGUAAACACUCGGCGAAUAUUGAAGAACACUUUUUUGACCCAAAUGUUCUUCACGCCUCGGAGGACGAAUGCAUUCUUGACAAUUUUCUUAAGGAGCAAAAAAGACGAUUUGAUGACGACGAGGAUUCAUCUAAAUAUAUGACACAUGAACAAUUGUUGUUCCUCUUAGCGGAUAUGUUUGGUGCCGGUCUUGAUACUACCUCGGUCACCUUAGCUUGGUUCUUUUUAUACAUGGCCUUGUACCCAGAAGUUCAAGAACGCGUUCGUCAAGAAAUUCUUACCGCUUGUCCUGGCGAAUCUGAUAUAAUAGAUAGCACUAAGUUACCUUAUUUGAUGGCUACGAUAUGCGAAACCCAACGUGUACGGUCUAUCGUGCCUGUUGGAAUACCCCAUGGAUGCACGCAGGAAACUUAUUUAGGUGAUUACAGAAUACCUAAAGGUACUAUGGUUGUUCCCUUGCAAUGGGCCGUCCACACAGAUCCGAGUGUAUGGGAAGAUCCAGAUGAAUAUAAGCCUUCGCGAUUCCUAGAUGAUGAAGGAAAAUUAUUAAAACCACAAGAAUUUAUUCCCUUUCAAACAGGUAAGCGAAUGUGUCCCGGCGACGAGCUAGCCCGUAUGUUAUCUGUCGGUCUAAUCACACGCUUCCUACGAAAUGUGAAGAUUCGUCUAGCGAACCCACCGCCAACAGAAGAAGAACUCAUGGGUAACGUCGGUCUUACCCUCACCCCUCCAAACACGGAUUAUAUAUGUGAAUUCAUUUAG